AUAUUUAAAUAAAAAUUCUAUGAGUGUGAUUGUGUUGCGUUAAAUAUUUUUAUAUUUUUCGAAGUUUAUCAGACAUUAUUUCUCAUUUUUUAAUUCGUCAAAUAAUAUAACUCAUUAUCUUCUUUUAAUAUUCGUGUUGUUUAGUGCUGUGAACAAUAAAAAUUAUGUGAGUGACCGCGACAUAUUGUUAUGGCAACGCACAAAUUGACGAAUUUACGUUUAAUUAGUUUUUAUCGCGCAUUCUUAUUCGGCUAUUCGGCUGCAACUGUGACGUCCAAAAUUGAGUAAAUCACAGGUACAGCCAGAAGAAAGAGAAAGCGUUCGUUCGUCUCGCCAAACCAAAUUGCAGAAUGCGAUUCGCCGUUGCCGUGUGAGCGCGUCGUUUUAGUUGUGAUAAAAAUAAAACGUUUUGCUAUAAUUAUAAGUGAAAAGUGUUUUAAACAGUGAUUUUAGUGCUCGAUACGUAGUUUAGUGAUUUUACAAGUGUCGAAAACGUCGCAUUCCGUUCCUAAUACGCUCAAAUACGUUUACGCUAACGUCGAUCUCAAAUCGGGAAAUAUUUAACGAAAAAAAAAAAACAGUUCCUCAUAAUGGCUAGUGACUUACAUUUAAUACGUCCAUACAGUGAAUUGAAGUGUUUUUACAAGUGAAUAUAAAAAAGUGUUUUGCUAGUUAUUUUGUUGUAGUUUCGCAAUGGGAAAUUGAUUUGUUCGCGCGGUUAGUGUGCAACGCCAUCUGUUGUCGAGUGGUGAUGUUAACUUGACAAUGGAGGCCGGUUUCAUACCGGUGCAGGCGGGGAAUGUAGGCGGGGCAGUUCCGCCGCCCGCCGUGAUGGCGCCACCGGCCAACGUUGUCCGCGCUCCGGGGUUGAAACGCGGAAAAAUGGAGGAGGCUAUUUCCGAUCGGAUUAAGUUGGAGUCGGUCCUCGGACUAACAGUGAGCAGCAACGCCGCGCUAGACUGCGACCCCAACACCGAGCUGGUGGCCUAUCCUGCAGGAUGCACGGUGGUACUGUACAACGUGCGCAAGAACCGGCAGUCGCACGUGCUCAACGCGUCGCGGAAGAGUGUUACGUGCGUGGCCUUCUCGCCGGACGGCCGAUACCUGGCCACGGGGGAGUGUGGCCACGCGCCCGCCGUGCGCGUCUGGGACCUGCAGGACCCGACCGCGUCUGGUGCAGUGCAGAUAGCAGAGUUCCCGGGACAUACGCACGGAGUUAAUUGUGUGGCUUUCUCGACGUCAUCCAAGUAUCUGGUGUCGGUCGGUUCGCAGCAUGACAUGAUAGUCAAUGUUUGGGACUGGCGCGCCAACCUGAAGCUUGCAAGUAAUAAGGUGUCAUCACGAGUCAAAGCAGUCAGUUUCUCUGAAAGCGGGAACUACUUCGUCACAGUCGGUUUUAGGCAUGUCAAGUUUUGGUACCUGGAAUAUUCUAGAAAUGCUAAGUUCAAAGAGCCAGUGCCCCUCAUGGGCCGAUCAGCCAUCCUCGGCGAGCAGAAGGACAACGAGUUCUGUGACGUGGUGUGCGGGCGCGGCGAGGCGGCCGAGAGCACGUACGCCAUCACCAGAGGCGGCUUGCUUUGUGAGUUCAACAGUAGGCGGCUGUUGGACAAGUGGGUGGAGUUAAGGACAACAUCAGCGAAUUGUAUGGCGAUAGGGUCAGAGUAUAUAUUCGUCGGCUGUGCGGAAGGGAUAGUGCGAUGUUUCACGCCCGCGUCCCUGCGAUACGUCACGACGCUGCCUCGAACCCACUACCUUGGUGUCGACAUUGCGCAGGGGCAUAAUAUCAACCACAUGUUCAGUCAGCCGAACAACGCGCGGUACCCGGACGCCAUCGCCCUGACGUACGACGAGCGGAACCACAAGCUCACCUGUGUGUACAACGACCACAGCUUGUAUGUGUGGGACGUCAGAGAUAUUAAGAGGGUAGGCAAGUCCCACUCGGCUCUGUACCACUCUGCGUGCAUCUGGGGGGUGGACAUGAUCAGCCAGGGUCCCCUGGGCGCGGGCGCCUUCCUCUCGUGCUCCAGCGACGACACCGUGCGGCUGUGGGCGAUCAAGCCCAACCAGACCAAUAUUUAUAGCAAUGAACUAACCAAAGUACUGUAUAUCGACCCCGAGCUCAAGUUCCUCAAGGAUGUGGAUCUGACGGCCACUAGUGAUAAGGAUAAAUCUAAGACAUACGACGACAAAACCGGUGUCAGAUGCGUGCGCGUGUCUCCAUGCGGGCGGCACAUAGCGGCCGGCGACCGCGCGGGCAACGUGUGGAUAUUCGACAGCUCGGGCGCGCUGCUGCACACGCUGGAGGCGCACGACGCGGAGGUGCUGUGCCUCGAGUACGCCUCCUCGCCGCGCCUGCUCGCCUCGGCCUCGCGGGACCGCCUCGUGCACGUGUUCCACGUCGACCGGGGCUACCAAAUCCUGCAGACUUUGGAUGAACACUCGUCUUCAAUCACGGCUGUGAGGUUUUUGAGUUCUGGCAGUGGACUGCAAAUGGUGUCGUGUGGCGCGGAUAAAACCAUUUUAUUUAGACAACUUAGAACUACGCAAGACGGCAGUUACCAGUUCGCGCGCGGACAGAACGUGUCGGGCAGAACGACGCUGUACGACAUGGAAGUGGACGCGGGCGGCAGGCAUAUAUUGACUGCUUGUCAGGACCGCAACGUUCGAGUAUACAGCGCAGCGCACGGCAGGCACACGAAGACAUUCAGAGGGACCACAGCGGAAGAUGGCACUCUUAUAAAGGUUGCGCUUGACAGCAGUGGCAUCUACCUGGCUACCUCAAGUACGGACAAGAUUCUCAGUGUUUACGAUUACUACUCCGGAGAAUGCAUGGCCACUAUGUAUGGCCAUUCUGAGAUCGUCACGGGCUUGAGGUUCACGCCAGAUUGCCAGCACCUGAUAUCAGCCUCUGGCGACGGCUGCAUCUUCGUGUGGCGUGUGCCGCACGACAUGGUGGUCACCAUGCGCGCGCGGCUAGCGCAGCAGGCCAUACGACAGGGGAGGAAAGUGGCGCCCACUAACGGCAUGUCUGGUUUGGAAAGCGAAACGGACUCGCACUUAGGUUCGCCGCCGCGGGAAAUAACGGACGACAAAUUCACCACGCCAGUUGUGCCCGAUUAUACCCUCCGAAUAGGUCGGCUACCUACCUGGGCUAAGAAAAGUUUGGGCGACGAACUGUCCUCUGACUCCCCACGACCCGCACCCGGCCAGAUGCCUCCUGUUCCGACCACUAGAGGGAAGUGGGCCACGAGAAUAUUACCCAGUCCUGAUAAACGCGUUGAUUCCGAUGGUUCCAAAGACAGUUCCAUAGAUAGUGGCACAGACACAAGGUAUAACGAUAAACGAAGAGAGCCGGGAGGCAAACAGAGGCCGAAAUCGCUCAACUUGUCCCAACUGCCGCGCGUUGAGGCGCUCUUCCGCAAUUUUGACGCCACCAUGAAAACCACGUACGAUAUAUUGUCAAUAUCGCCGAGGGUCGAGAAGGUGACGUUAAAUUUAUCGAAAAAUCGAACGAUGGACGCGCGAACUCGUCACCACACGGACGACUCCUCCCUCGGCAGUUUUAAAUUUGAGGACCAAGAGUCGACGGAACACGACGGCGAUAUUGAGGACAUUUCAGACGGCGAGAGGACUUCGUCCUCUGAGAGCAGGAACCGCCCUACGUACUACCCCGGCAACAACGAUGAUGAGACUGCGAGCAAGUUCAUGGUGAACGCGAUGGACCAGCUGGAGCUGCGGCAGUCUAUGCGACGCGCGCGGCGCUGGGGCGCCGACAACCGGCUCGACAUACCCGCCGCCUCGGCUUCCCUCAGCGGCUCGCCGCACGACUCCGAAGAUGACGAGGUAUCGACACCUUCCGGCGACAAUGCUGAACGGAAUCCAUUGUCCGGCUCCUGCGAGUCCAUCGACACUGCAGGCCGAAGGGAGAGUUAUAUUAAGUCUGCCUUCGACAGCCUCAGCGGUCUUGAAGCCGACACACACGUCACCAGUAACAACUCGUUGUCAGCUCAGCAUUUAUCCCGUGGUCCACCGCCGAGAUUAGACCCGGAGGCGGCUCGGAGACGAGAAGAACUGCAAAGGCGGAUAUUGGAGACUAGGAGACAGCUAGAAAGUGUGGCGUUCCGAUCGAAUCUUAAGUCAAGUCAGUCCACCACAGAUCUAUCAUACAUACCAGAGAAGGAUGGCUCGCGACGAAAUAGACCAGUUUCUAUGGCGAUACCGAGCAAUUCCAGACCUUAUGGAGCGCGCAGCCACAUGUCGCCUUCGGAGCCCGAAGAGUCGGGGAUGAGGCGCGCCAUCUCGCUGUCCGACCUCGCCGCCAAGCCCGUGCCGGCGCCGAGGAUGUCGCCAGCGUCGACCAAACCCACCCAACAAAUGAACCAAAACGCGAGCAAAUCGCCGAGCGGGUUCGUGCGACCGGCGCCGCGGUACAACAACAAGUCCAACAUGACCAGGAGUUCCAGCGUUGGCGUUUUGAACAACCAAAGCGACUCAGAGUCCGACCCCACCCCGUCUCGUCAGCAACCUCCCCGCGCAGGAGGUCUGAUGAGGCCCACCAUCAGCUCGGCCAACAAGGCGGCCGCCAACACGGCGCGGCGGCGCGGUCUGGCCAACUCCUACAGCACUGUGAGCGUCGCGCGCUCCGAGUCCAGUUCGGAGGCCGAAGGCGAGGUGCAGAGGCCGCGGGCCGCUUCCGCCGACAGGGGGACCAGGAGAAUGGGCCGCAGCGGCAGUGAGCGCGACAUAUCGGCGAAGGCUCGCGAAGUAACCGCGCGGCUAACCUCUAACAACAAACCGCAACGAAUCAAGCAGGAGCCGCCGGCGGACGCGAAUUUGUCGUCGUCGCAGCUGUGCUCGGCGCUGACGGAGCAGCUCACGAAGACGGCCAGCAAGGUGGUGCAGCUGUACCGCACGCUGCAGCGGGAACCCGACUGCGCGGCGGACAUAAGUGGGCUCGAAGCUGCUAUCCUGGAGACGCAGAAAGUGCUCUGUGGUGCUGUCCGGGCGACCAACGGCGAAGGGGAGCAUCUCAAUAACAGAGAUUCAAACGACUCUGGGAACCCAGCGAUGUCCCUCAUCGAGCAAUACUCCGACAUGCUGCUGAACAUGAUGCAAACCAAAAUGGUGAAUCAGUUCUCCCAAAGCCCACAAAGCCUUCCUCCCACCCCCAGAGACCAGGACAGCUAGUACUUGUGAGUUGUGAACAAUUAAACUGUGUGAUGAAUUGAAGUUUUGUUGACUAUAAAAAAACUUGACGAUUUGUAAAAUAACUUUGGAUUUGAGUACGAAAUUUAUUGGUGAUAACUGUAAACUAUGACCACGAUUGUUCUGUGUUAAAACACGCAAUAUUUAGUAAAUAAGGCUGUAUAAGUGUUAAUUGUUUUUUACUUGGCAUCACAACAUAUUUGUGUUUUGUUGUGUAUGUAGUGAAAGACGCCAUGUCGUUCUAAUAAGUGAAAAUGACAUCUUGCGUUCAUACACAGAGAAUACACAUUGUGUGAAUGUAGUGUCAGAUAAAAAAUAUUUACAUAUACAUAUACUUACUUUGUCUAUUCAGUCGUUAUAUGUCCAACUGGUAGAACUGAAGAGAUUUGUCUGUCUUUUUUCCCUAAUUGGGGUAAUUUGAUUAAAGAUUAAAAGUUUGCGAUGAGAAGAGAAACCGUAUCUUGUCUUAUUUACUUUUAUGCAAUUUAGCUAUUAAACCGGACAGAUUAAAUAAUCAGUUGGACUUACACCGACCGCUAUGAGAUAUUAUACAGCCAUAUUUGCUUAAACGUCACUACUUAAACUUGGGUUGUUGAAAUGUAUGAAACUGUCGAAAAUAUAUUCAAAAUUUAGGAAAAUAUUGAUAAAGCCUCUACAGACGUGCCAACAAGUUGAAAGUUGUUGUGAAGUUGAAGCGUUUGUUGAUGUUUUAACUUAGUCUGUGAUGGGAGUUCUAUUUACUAUAAUAUUUUAUGUGUAUAAUGUGUGUGGUUUUCGGAAAAUGUGAUUUUGGAUUGUAAAGGUGUAAUGUUGAAAGAAAUAAUUUGUAACUUAUAGUAAUCAUUCCAUGUAACACAAAUUGGACAUUUUGUAAUUAUUAAUAAUUAAAAUAAAUAAUGAUUAUGUUCUGCAAAAUUAAACUUAUUGCCUAAAGAAUUACCCAAGUUAAAUUGAAAGUUAAAAGUUGACUUUUUCCUGUUACUUGACUAGAUUUACACCUGAGGGUAGUUGACAAACUAAAGUAUAUCUAUAAGAGUGUUCUCUGUGAAACCAUUUGCCCAAAGAAGUCACAAGUCAUAUAUGCCACUAAUCAAUAUUGCCGUAACGGUACAAAGGGCAUAAUUACUGACACUAUGGCCAACUGUUGUCACUCUAUCUUCGUGAUAUAAUUCAAAUCAACUUUGAAAGAUAACAAAAUUUAUUUAUUUGAAAACCAAUAAUUUUUACGCACCACAAACUGAAAUUAAAAUUUACUACAGAAUAAAAAAGCAAGAAAAGCGAAAUUGAUAUAAAUGUAUCAAGAAAGGAAGUAUUUUUCUCGAAGAUUUAUGAAAAACUAAUCCUUUACGUUUAGCACGUCUUGUAUUUUAUAAAUGAGUAUUGAUAUUGAUACUUUACGGCAUUUAAAUUUAUCAUUCCAUCAGAACCAAGCAUUUUUUUCUAACUAUGUAUUAAUAAAUUGUUUUCGAGUCUCUAAUUUAUAUUCUCGGAUAAUACUAUGUCAUUUCUUUAUCUUGUCUAUGACUUCUUUCUCUGUUUGUUUUGUUUGUGUUAUUGGAACUCUUUAUUUAUGGGCAUUUAGAAACAAUUUACGUUUUGUACUGUAAUCAAAGUGCAAUCAAAAAAUGCAUGUAAAAAAAGGUUAUCUAAAAUGUGGAUGUACCAUUUAUUUAUAAAUUAUCCAAUCUAUAUGAUUUUUGUUUAAUUUAAACAUGUUGCACACAGAAGUCGUGGAGGAGUUAUAACACAAUUUGAGUUUCAUUCUGUGUCAAUUUUUUUUAUAAAAUCUAUUUUAAAGCCGGCUUCUGUGUGUUUGGUGUUUAAAGAAUUUUACUGUCAAAUAAUAAAUAGUGAAAUAUAAUUUGUUUAUAAUUUUUAAUUUAAAAAAAGGUUUAUAUUUUUAAAAACUUUUAAAAAUAAACCUUUUCCGGACCGUAACAGUUGCAAAUCUGGUACUACAAAGACUUCAAAGUGGAUGCAUGAAGCAUAUGCUCACAAAGAAAUACAUAUAUACAAUUCUCUAUUUGCGUAUCAUUAUCGGUAUAUCUACAUUAUAUUUACCUGGCAUCUGUACAUUGUAGUUGUCUCAAAUGAUCGCAGUAUGUAAUUUCUGUAAUAAGUAAAUAAUAAAAUGGACACUUUACAUGCAUAUUAACAUAUUAAUACACUGAAUGUAUUGCACUGUCAGGUAAAAAUAAUUUAUGUACAAGCCCGACUUUCUUUCGAUAAGAUCUGCUCUAUAGUCUGGAAAGUUCGUUGAUGACACUCCCAUGAAAUGCGGGCGACGGGGGGAAAGACUGCGUGGGUAUGAAAUCGUGCGUGCGGGGAAGUGAGGUGCAACCAGACGUGGGUUUUUCAUUCAUCGCUUCACGCCCCCCCGGCCCGCGCGCACCAUCGGGAGUGUUAGAAACGAAGUUGCCAAGCUAAAGAGUAAUUUUAGGAACAUGCACAUGGGAAUUCUUAUUUUAAUUACAUGGAUAUCAAUAAUCAAUCAUGUUUUAAACUGUAAAAUCGAAUAGGUCAAUGUGGUUAUAACUGUCAAUUAUUGUUUUCCACAAUUUGACCGACAUCUCGGCCAAAUUAUUUUUUUUCCACAAUUUGACCGACAUCUCGGCCAAAUUAUUUUUUUUCCACAAUUCGACCGACAUCUCGGUCAGUACGCACUUUGCCCGUCGACAGUCAAUGUAAAUAACGUCCAACGAGUCAAUGUUUAUUAUUACGUAAGGUCUCGAUAUGUCACAAUUUACACACUGUUCUACUUAUUUAUUUUGUUAAUAUUAAUGUCACGUAGAAUGUCUCUCGGAUAGUGUCUCUCUUUCCAAUGUUUUUUUUUUAUAUUUUCAUUUUAAUAAGCGGUUUUGCACUCCGCACCACGAAACAAGUCCCGUAGACGCGGCAACCUAUCUAUCCGCCAUUUCGCUUACUAAAGUUAAGAAAAUCUAUCUUUCUCUUCUUAUCUGCUUCUCAAUAACCUACUGACAGAUAGUUUGACUAUGUACAGAUAGUUUGACUGUUACUGAUAGCUAUCUAUCCGUAAUCUUGGUUAAGUUAUUGAAAACGCCCGUUUAUGGUAAUGGCGGUGUUAUUGUCAUUUGUGUAGAGGGCGCUGUCAAUUUAAGUUCACGUUUUAGCCGCGGGACUUAAUUCGUGGCGCGGAGUCUACUGUGUUAACAGCAGUGUAUUCUCCACAAAUUAUGGUAAAGUGAUUUUUAAAUACAUAAAAUCUAUCUAUCAAUAUUGGCCUUGUUUAUUUUAUGGAAAAGACGACAUGAGAGGUGUUUCUUACGUUAUUUGUAAUACUUAUAUUCCGAGUCGGUUAAGAGACAUUAUCCUCAACUUGUUUGAUAUUAAAUACCUUUUUAAUCAUUUUAAUUGUAAUAAAAUAUUGACAUCUGUAAAUUUAUUUUCACUAACUCGACUGGAGUAUAAGUAAAGUAUUUUGAUGUACAUACUUGACAACUGUCAAAUAUAUUUUUGACUUUUAUGGUGAUUUACUUAUCGUGUUGUACGUAUUAGUUAUUGAAUUUAUUGUUAAUUGUAUUUUAAAUGUAAAUUUUCAUUAAUAGGACCAGAAGAUCGUAUUUUUAUUAUUGUAUUUAGAAGAUUUUUUUUUUAUUUUUCAUCUUAUUUUGUGACAUGUAAAGUAUAAUAAUUUUCAGUAAGAAAGAGAAAUAUAUUUGACAGUUAGAAAUAUACGGAUAUUGUAGAUAAUUAAUUAAUGUUUUUUAUUUAAUGUUCAAAAAUGUAAUGCCAUUUAUGAAAAAGACUAAUGUUAUAUAUAAAAAUAAUGUUUAGAAAUAAUUAUGUACGAUAUUACACAAUAAUUAUGAGAGUAUUAUUUUUGUUUCUUUUUAUUUCUCCUCCUUUUUUUUUAAAAAAAAUCCUCCUUUUAGUUUUUGUUUAAGUAUUAUUUCACUUGUAUUCAGCGAAUAUAUUUUUUCAAGAUUUUAUUCUUAUUUUUUAUUUUCAAAUUUUCAGUAUGUCUUAAUAAAGUUAAGCUCAAAAUAAACUUAACGGAAUUCAUGUUAGAUUUGCAAUUAGCAAUAAUUUAUAAUACUUUAAGGUCAUUCAUAAUGUGAGGAAUGAAACAGUAAGGGAAAAAGUAUUAUUUUUUUAUUUAUACAUAUGAUUUAAAACAGGUAUGAAUUUCAGUCAAUUCAUAAUUCAUAUAUUUAAUUUUAAUGUGAGUGCAUGUUAUUUUGUUACAGUAGAUAAAAUCUGUAGGGCUAACAUGCAACUCAUUACAUAUUUCGUGAAGACAAAAUCUUCAGUGUAUUUUCAUGUAAAUUCAGAUAAACACUAAGCUGCUUUAACGUAAAUGAGCUAUGAAAUGUUAGAGAAGCACAGAACAUGCAUACACCCAAGGAUGUACAACAUACUUAUUUUUGUCGAAAAGUACACGCUUUGAAAUAGAUAAAUUGAAUAUAUUGAAUGUUGGAUUUCCGGUAUAUUAUCUCAAAAGAUUACCAUCUUCCACAGUUUGGCUGACGCAGGGCAGCGAAUCGUGUAGAAAAAGACAGCUUACCAAUAGCGGUCGAACCGGUUAUUAUCACUAUUUGUCGACAAUGUGUAAUUUUGUCUUCACGAGAUAAUGUGGCACGCAUUGUAGGCCUAAUGGUACACUGUUUAGUAUGAUGCUCUAUGAUAAUAUAGUUCUAUGAAAAAUUAAAUAUUUUUUUUUUAAAUAAAAGUCAACAGACGAUAUUGCUUGUUCUGUCGAAUAGCAAGAAAAGUCAGUUUUGGCUGUGCUGUUUCUUAGGACAUAAUAAAAUUGUAUAAUAUCUAGUAAUAAACUGAUUUUACUCGUGUCUUUAUUUGAGUAGAACUAAUAUGGACAGGACUAUUAAAUUAAAGGAUUUUGCCAUUAUGUAACAAACUACCUAUUUGUAUUUAUCUGUUUUUUAAAAUAAAUCUAUGCAAAAUAUAUACGACGGAAUAUAAAAACAGACAUUUUGUGGUGUAAGUAUAAAAUAUCUAGGGAAGAAAGAAAUAGAAAAAUGUAAUGAUGUAAGUUAACAGUUACGUCCGAUACGAUAGCAAUUGAUUUUUUUCAAUGGAUUUGAAUGUAUAAGGAAUUGGGGAACGAGAAAUAGGUUUAACAAUAAUUUAUUUAUUGCACGCUUUACUUAUAAUAAGCUUAUUACCUAUAAUAUAAUGUUAUAACAUUCAUUCAGUGGCGUAACUAUACUCAGAGGCAAAAUUAUCCGCCGUCUUUAAUAUGACGCGAGUAUAUUAAAGUGGACGGAUAAUAUUGUGCCUCUGAGUAGAUAUCAGCUUAGACCUGUAAUUAAUGGGAUGAAGACCCAAAAAAGUCUUCUCUUUGUAAUUUUUUUCUGUGUAAAUUAUGUUGAAGCUUGGCCUCGCAGGCUGCGGGACACUUCGAGCCGUGAGUCCGUGGCAUUUUGCCAGCCAUGGCACUCUAUAGUUACGCCAUUAUAUAUAAUUAUGAUAAUCUCUUGGUUGUUCUAAACAAUGAGUAUUGUCACUUAACCAUUUUACAGUUAAUAUUAUAGGUACUUAUAUUUAUUAGAUAAGUAUAGGACUCAAGAAAAAAUUGUACAGUAGAUUACAAAUUUACAAGUACACAGUGCAUGCAGUCAUUUGUCAAAAUUUUCUCAGUUACAUUGUAUACCAAUUGCCAGUAAUAUUCGUAUUAUACAGAAGUUCAUAAUAAAUAUGUUCGUUAUCAACCCAUAUUCGGCUCACUGGUGAGCUCGAAUCUCCUCUCAGAAUGAGAGGGAACAAAGUUCAUAAUUAUGAGCUUUUCAGAUUUCAUAAUUAGUUACAUCGUUUUAAUACUAUCACUUUACAAGUUUAGUUGGACAGGGCAGUUUUGUGAACAGGGCUCUUAAUCAUAGGCGUAUCUAGGAUUACUUCCUAGGGUGGGCCUGGCACCCGACAUCAAGUCUAAUACUAGUAUCAUAAUAGAAUUCCAUAUGGGUAGCCCAGAAUCCUAGGGUGGGCACAGGUCCAUUCUAGGGUGGGCACGGCCCAUCCGGUCUACCCCUAUGAAACAGGAUGAGGACGCCUAUGCUCUUUAUCUUUAUGUGGCUCCUAGAAUACCUCCUAAGUUCAGUAUUACACGUAUAUUUUACUCUUCAACAGUUCUAUCCUUGUGCAACUACUCUACUAAUAACUUGGUAAUAUAAUAUAUAAAUAGUUGGCACAACACGUGGAAGGAAAAAUAAUUUGUGGAAGGUUAUAGUAACUUAGAGAACUUUUGCCCAAUGUCUUAUAUAACAAGAACUUAGCUGACACCGACACGGCAGUUACGAAACCAUUCGCAAAUAAACAAUGCUCGCUGUAAUAUCUAGGUAGUCAAUCCCCUCUCGUUCAAAAGCUUGGAGUAAUGAAAUAUCUACUGCCGGCUAUAGUGUGCGCCUUAUUUCUAGUCUGCGUUGCAACAUGCUGAACUUCAUAGGUAGGUAUUAUUACCGCUGGGAUAUAUUUCAACGCUGCGCAGCAAUUCGCCUCGUGUUCAGAGCGGACUUGAUGUUUGGCGUAUACUGUACCUACUUACGAGUUUUCAGUAGGAUUAUCACAGGAUAUAAACCUUACGUAGAUAUAUAUAACUAUAAAGCCGGCUACAUACACUCGUUUUCCGUGUUCAGAAAACCGAAUGAAUGAAAUCAAUAUAAAAUACAUUAAAUUC